AUGGCACCGCUGCUCAUCACCCUCCUGCUGCUCUGCGUUUGCCAAAAAAGUCUCUCCCAGACCUCCGAGGCCCAGAAGGAGACGGGCGCCAACGACACCAGCACCGUCUUCACACGCAUCCUGGACGGCCUGCUGGACGGCUACGACAACCGGCUUCGGCCGGGCCUGGGAGAAAACGUCACGGAGAUCAAGACCAACAUAUUCGUCACCAGCUUCGGCCCGGUGUCCGACACCGAAAUGGAGUACACCAUCGACGUGUUCUUCCGCCAGAGCUGGAAGGACGAGCGGCUGUGCUUCAAGGGCCCCAUGGAGAUGCUGCCGCUCAACAACCUGCUGGCCAGCAACAUCUGGACGCCCGACACCUUCUUCCUCAACGGCAAGAAGUCCAUCGCCCACAACAUGACCACGCCCAACAAGCUGCUGCGGCUGCACAACGACGGCACGCUGCUCUACACCAUGAGGUUGACCAUAUCUGCCGAAUGCCCCAUGCAGCUGGAGGACUUCCCCAUGGACGCACAUGCCUGCCCGCUCAAGUUCGGCAGCUACGCCUACCCCGUGUCGGAGGUGGUCUACACGUGGACCAAGGGCGCCGCCAAAUCGGUGGUGGUGGCGGAGGACGGCUCCCGGCUCAACCAGUACCACCUGAUUGGCCAGACGGCCGGCACCGAGGACAUCCACACCAGCAGAGGCCAGUACACGGUGAUGAUGGCCCACUUCUACCUGAAGAGGAAGAUCGGCUACUUCGUCAUCCAGACCUACAUGCCUUGCUUCAUGACCGUCAUCCUGUCCCAGGUGUCCUUCUGGCUCAACCGGGAGUCCGUCCCGGCCCGGACCGUCUUCGGGGUGACCACAGUGCUGACCAUGACCACGCUGAGCAUCAGCGCCCGCAACUCGCUGCCCAAGGUGGCGUACGCCACGGCCAUGGACUGGUUCAUCGCCGUGUGCUACGCCUUCGUCUUCUCUGCCCUCAUCGAGUUCGCCACCGUCAACUACUUCACCAAGAGGAGCUGGGCCUGGGAUGGCAAGAAGGCCCUGGAAGCCCAGCUGCCCAAGAAGCGUGACCCCAUGAUUCUCUCCAAGAAGCCCAACAACGUCUCCAACUUCACGGCCAACCUGUCCAAGGACGUGUCGGUGUCCACCAUCUCCAAUGCCACCAGCGGCGGCAGCGGCGGCGCUCCGCGGCCCCCGACGGCGGCGGCAAAGGCGGCGGCGCCCGACGCCAAGAAGACGUACAACAGCGUGAGCCGCAUCGACAAGAUGUCGCGCAUCGUCUUCCCCGUCCUGUUCGGCACCUUCAACCUGGUGUACUGGGCCACCUACCUCAACCGCGAGCCGGUGGUGAAGGGCGUGGCCAGCGCCACGUAA